GCUCCCUCUAUAUAACAUUACCUUAAACUAAUCUACUGAUCUUGAGAGUCCCUAGCUAACUUGCACAGAGGGAUCAGAGAUGGUCACCCUCUCGUUUUGUGUUCCAUUUCUUUUGCUAUCGACAUGCUUGCUUCAUCAAUGUUUGCACUAUGAGGUGGCUGCUGGUGAUCCUGUUGUUGGGUCCAAUAGAGAAGCAUUGGAGAUAAUCAUAGGUGGUGGUGGCGGUGGCAAUUAUCCUGCUCCUGCUCCUGAAUACGUAGACUGUCCUCCUCCCCCUCCUGAACCCGUUUGCCCCCCACCUCCAUCUCCACCGCCGCCCCCAUCGCCACCGCCGCCCCCAUCUCCACCGCCCCCAUCGCCACCGCCGCCCCCAUCUCCACCGCCCCCAUCGCCACCGCCGCCCCCAUCUCCACCGCCCCCAUCGCCACCGCCACCACCAUCUCCACCGCCACCACGACCGCCACCGCCACCACCAUCUCCACCGCCACCACGACCGCCACCGCCACCACGACCGCCACCGCCCCCAUCUCCACCGCCACCACGACCACCACCGCCUUCGCGACUUGAACUAGUCAAACCCGUUCUUCGAAAAUUUCAAAAAUUGGCCACCUCAGACCCAAAGAACAUUUUCAAGUCAUGGAAGGGCGACGACAUAUGCAAGUACAAGGGCUUAUAUUGUGACACGCGUCCGGACUUCAAUCAACGAGCUCUUUCUGCAGUGGACUUCAAUGGCUUCUUGUUUGGCCGUAAGGACGGCGGCAACCUCCCACUCGCUGGCUUCGUGGACGAGUUACCAGAUAUAACCGUGUUCCACGCAAACUCCAACAAUUUCACCGGCCUCGUCCCCAAGAAGAUCUCCACCCUGAAGUACUUCUUUGAGCUUGAUCUAAGCAACAACAAGUUAUCCGGCCAGUUUCCAAUGGAAGUUCUUGGAGCCAAAAAAUUGACGUUCUUGGACCUCCGGUUUAACUCCUUGUACGGCACAGUGCCACCUGGAGUGUUCAACCUAGACGUGGACGUGAUCUUCAUCAAUAACAACAACUUUGUGCAAGAGCUUCCCGACAAUCUUGGCUCCACGUCAGCUCUGUAUCUCACUUUUGCCAACAACAAGUUCACGGGGAAAAUCCCACCAAGCAUUGGCACUGGCAAAACUUCAGAAAACCUUAUUGAGGUGCUCUUCUUGAACAACCAGCUCUCGGGAUGCUUGCCACCCGAGAUUGGCCGCUUGAAACGGGCAACUGUGUUUGAUGUGAGCCGUAACAUGUUGACAGGUCCCAUACCCCAGUCAUUUCAGUGCCUGGCCAAAAUAGCAUUGCUUAUUUUGGAUAAGAACCAAUUCUAUGGGGCGAUCCCGGAGGCCAUCUGCAAGCUACCUAACUUGUCUAAAUUCACGUUAUCAUUCAACUACAUCACCGAAGUCGGCCCCGAAUGCAGGAAGUUGAUAGGAAAGGGCGUUCUUAAUGUUCGAAUGAAUUGCAUUAUUGAUCUUCCAAAUCAGAGAGAAGAGGAGGAAUGUGCUAAUUUUUUCACCAAGAACAAGUACCACACCUGCCCCUCCUAUAAGAUGUACCAGUCUUACAUUCCAUGCAAGAAUAAGUAUUAUUCAGGUCCCGAUGAUCAUCAACCAACGGUUGCAGCCACUUCGCCAUUGUCCUAUGACGCUCUUACGCCGCAUGGGUCGUGAUUUUCUUGCUCUUUAAAUUGACUCGAUUAACGAAGAUGGGGUCAUCGGGGGAUCAGGCCAGCUUUGCUCUUUAGUAAUUACGUGUCUUUAUAUAUAUAUCAUUGUCAGUAAUUAAAAACUGUAAGUUCAUGAAUAAGCAGUACUAGUACUGUAAUUACCAUAAUUAUUAGGCAUCUUGAUCAUCAUUACCAGAUGCUAAAUGCAUAUAUGUAGUCGGUGCUAAAUUGUAUUCCUCAUGAGGAUAUUGUUCCGAUGAUGUAUGAAUGAGAUAUAAUUAGCUGGUAAUUGGUAAA